AUACAGGGAAUUUCAAAAAUGUACUAUUUUCCCUUGCAACCAAGCAUCAGUUGAUGAUUGCACACCAUCUGCAUGCAACUACAACAGUUCCCACGUUCAGUACUGCCAGAGUAUCCCAAGUGCCCGUGGCUGUUUUGCAUACAAAUGUACAUAAUGCAAUAAGAAGAGUGUAUCCAGGUCAGACUACUGUACAUCUUUCCAACACUGUGUCAGUUUAUGGAACUACAUACUCUAAAGGCAUGAUUUUGGCCUAUGGGUCUACUGCAGGACUCCCAGACUUUAUUGAAGUUCUUCAGAUAGUAAUUCUGAGAGACAAGGUCCAUUUCAUUGCUAAAGUAUUCAUUUCCUGGUAUGAUGAGCACUUUCGAGCGUUUGAGCUGGAGAGCACAGAGCUUGUGGUUUUUGUGGAACAGAAGGAUCUCACUGAUGUAUGUCCGCUCUCAGACUAUAAGGUUGCAGGAAGGCGUAUGGUGACGCUGAAGCGCCAUAUUUGUCUGGAAUAGAUACACGUUUCAUAUACCGUUUGGUAUAAUUCAAGUGGUACUGAUGUAUGCAUUUUUUUUUCAGUUUUCUUCAAGUUUCUUUGAUAUACCGUGCACAUACAACAAAGAAUGCUAUCUAAACAACGCCAGACUGAAUGUAAAAAAUAUGUUGUUUUGUCAUCUUUUUCAGGCUACAUCAUCAAAAUGGAGGCAGCUGUAAAAUUUCGAGUCAUCCUGGACCAUGACAUAAAGAAACUUUGUCUUCCUGGAAUGCCACAUACAGUUACAGAGUUGGAAGCAACAAUAAAACAAACAUUUGAGAUCUCAAUGGACAUAAGCCUUCAGCGCAAAGACCAGGAUUUUGAUGACUUUGUUACUUUAAGUUCAAUUGAUGACCUGAAGGAUAGGGACACACUGAAGGUAGUUUAUGUUCCACCUGUCAUUUUGUUUUCAAAUGUUGACAUUCCUGAGCUCCCAACAGAAGAUUACUCUACCUCCAGAUCAGUGUCAGAAAAUGACUCUGUGUCUCAACCAUCAACAUCAAGUGGUUCCAUCUCUGCAGAAUCUGAUGACACUAUAAUACUCAGUCCCCGUAGCCCUGGAAUGCACAAGCCAUGGCCAACUGAGUUUCCUUUACCAAAGUUUUCAUAUAACACUGAACUAGUGCUUCAAAAAGGCAAUGAAAACUACCUCAGAGAUGGUUCCCUUUUGUGCAAAGAGAAGUCUUACCCUGGUGUUAAGUCCAACAUUCUGGAGUGUUUAGCUGAGCUCAUCUCUUCUUACACUCCCUACCCAAGUGAUGCACAACGAUGUGCAGUCACAGAGGCUCUCAUAAAAAAGAACCCAUGUUUGAAGGAGCCAGGCUCCUUCAGUGGUCUCUAUGGAUGGCAGCAGAGCCUGAAGUAUAAAGUAGGAAACUACCGAAGCAAACUUCGAAUGCAUGGGAUUCCAGAAGUCUUAGUGAACUCUCUAAAGCGCAAAUCUUCUGAAGACAAGCUACCAGCAAAGAAUAUAAAAAAACCACGAAAAGCUGAGGUUAACUACCUGCCCCCUCAUCCAGCCGGGGAAACAGAAGAUUCCCUUGAGAGUAACAGGCUAGAGUUGAUUUCUGAGACAAAGAAAAAGAAUAACGGCAGAGUUAUAAAUGAGAUGAUGUCAAGAACCUUCAGUUUGAGAAGACAGGAGAUUGUAGGUCAAGCCCCAAGUGUUGCAGAUCUUCUAGAGAGAUGGCCUGCCCUCUUUGAACCAUCACAGAUCUGUGAAGAGUUCCUGAGAAUCAGUGGCAUAUCACUUGAGUCAACAUUUAUGUCACAGUUGGACAGGCAAACUCCAAAGCUGUUGUCACUUUUCAACGCAAAAGGAGGAGCUGUCGGUCAAAGAAUCAAGUUACAAAUGAUGACACUCAUCCAGGAUCCAUCUGCCUCUGUGGAGAAAAGGAGAGAAGUGGUCCUGAGAUGCCUGAUUGAGUACAUGGGGGAGAGACAGGAAGACCUCAUCAGUGUCCACCACAGUCAUGAUGAAACAGAGGUGCAAGCUGAGCUUGGCAGUUGCCCACUGAAAAUUUACAUGUGCCAUCAGCCCGACACCAUUGGGAUUAUCAUAGAAGGACAGCCCGUGGUCAGAGGUGUGCCAAACCUGUCAAAAGCAUGCUGCCUCCUGUUUGGACUUACCUAUGCCCUCGACCUCAAGUAUCCCUCAAAACUGGUGCAUACUUUUGAGAUAUAUCAGAGACUCUUUGUGGGAUUGGACCCCAUGCGUCCUAAGCCAUCAUCCAAGUAUGCAAAUCUCCUCACCAAAUUGUCUUAGAUGAUUUCUCAAUGUCAUCUUGCAUUGUUUGCCAUCUUUUAAAAUAAUCCAAUCACUUUGGUAGGUGAGUUUACCAAAUACCAACUUAAACGUACUGUAACAUAAUCAGAUAAUUUGAUAAUCUUCAGGGU